AUUUCCAGUGACAUUUGUAAAUGACGCUGCUCCAACCCGGGCGCCGAGCCGCCGCGAGGCCGAGGGUGUCGCGGAGCCGUCCCCAGCGCAGGCUUCUCCACCGGGCCACCACCAUGUCCGAGUGGCUCCUUGCCUUACUCACUCUCUCGGGAUUAUUGCCUGUCGCUAAGGUGCUGACCGCGGGAGCCAACCAAGAUCAGCAGUUGUGUGAUCCUGGUGAAUUUCUUUGCCACGACCAGGUGACUUGUGUCUCCCAGAGCUGGCUCUGCGAUGGGGACCCUGACUGUCCUGACGAUUCUGAUGAAGCCUUAGAGACUUGUCCUAAGGAGAUAGAAAUCAAGUGCCCCUUGAAUCACAUUUCAUGCCUUGGUGUCAGUGAAUGUAUCCCUUUAUCAAAGCUGUGUGACGGUGUGGUGGACUGCUCAGAUGGGUAUGAUGAAGGAGUGCAUUGCCGGGAAUUGUUACCCAAGUGCCAGCAGUUGAAUUGUCAGUUUAAAUGUGCAAUGGUCAGAAAUAGAACCAGAUGUUACUGUGAGGAUGGAUUUGAAGUAAACGAAGAUGGGAGAAGUUGUAAAGAUCAAGAUGAAUGUGCCAUUUAUGGUUCAUGCAGCCAGACCUGCAUCAAUACCCAUGGCUCAUACAUGUGCAGCUGUGUGGAGGGCUAUGUGAUGCAGGCAGACAACAGGUCUUGCAAGGCCAAAAACGAACCUACAGAUAGGCCACCUCUGUUGUUAAUUGCAACUUCUAAUACAAUUGAGAUCGUCUAUGUUAAUGGAAGUAAAAUGACAACUAUUAGCUCAGCAAACAGGAAUGAAAUUCAUACUCUAGAUUUUAUUUAUAGUGAAGAAGUGAUUUGUUGGAUUGAAUCAAGAGAUUCUUCAAAUCAACUCAUAUGUGCUCAGUUGACAAAAACAGGAAGAUUAACAGAAGAAUGGAUCAUCAAUAUCCUCCAUUCCUUCCACAAUGUGGAGCAAAUGGCGAUUGACUGGCUGACCAGGAAUUUCUAUUUUGUGGAUCACGUCAGUGACCGGAUCUUUGUCUGUAAUUACAACGGAUCUGUAUGCGUCACUCUGAUUGACCUGGAGCUUCAGAACCCUAAGGCAAUAGCAGUAGAUCCAAUAGCAGGAAAACUUUUCUUUACUGACUACGGGAAUGUUGCCAAAGUGGAAAGAUGUGACCUGGAUGGCAUGAACAGAACGAGGAUAAUUGAUUCCAAGUCAGAGCAGCCUGCUGCACUAGCACUGGACCUUGUCAACAAAUUGGUUUACUGGGUAGAUCUCUACUUGGACUAUGUCGGAGUUGUUGACUAUCAAGGAAAAAAUAGACAUAUUAUCAUUCAAAGCAGACAAGUCAAACAUCUAUAUGGUAUAACUGUAUUUGAAGACUACUUGUAUGCAACCAACUCUGACAGCUUCAAUAUCAUGCAGAUAAAUCGGUUUAAUGUCACGGAUAUUCAUUCUUUCAUUAAAAUGGAAAGGGCUCGAGGAAUCCGAAUCUAUCAAAAAAGAACCCAACCAACAGUCAGAAGCCAUGCCUGUGAUGUGGAUGCAUUUGGGAUGCCAGGGGGAUGCUCGCACAUGUGUCUCCUGAGCAGCAGCUACAAAGCUCGGUCGUGUCGCUGCAGAACGGGAUUCAACUUGGGCAGUGAUGGCAGGUCAUGCAAAAGACCCAAGAAUGAGUUGUUCCUCUUUUAUGGGAAAGGACGCCCAGGAAUUGUGAGAGGAAUGGACUUGAAUACUAAGAUAGCGGAUGAAUAUAUGAUUCCCAUAGAGAAUCUGGUAAACCCUCGUGCUUUAGAUUUUCAUGCAGAAACCAAUUACAUUUACUUUGCUGACACCACCAGUUUCCUAAUUGGCCGGCAGAAGAUAGAUGGCACAGAGCGAGAAACCAUCCUGAAAGAUGAUCUGGAUAAUGUGGAAGGUAUUGCUGUGGACUGGAUUGGAAACAAUCUUUACUGGACAAAUGAUGGUCAUAGAAAAACCAUUAAUGUGGCCAGGCUAGAAAAGGCUUCUCAAAGUCGGAAAACACUUUUAGAGGGUGAAAUGUCUCAUCCCAGAGGGAUUGUGGUGGAUCCAGUUAAUGGUUGGAUGUACUGGACAGACUGGGAGGAAGAUGAAAUAGAUGACAGCGUGGGAAGGAUCGAGAAGGCUUGGAUGGAUGGCUUCAAUCGACAGAUUUUUGUGACUUCAAAGAUGCUGUGGCCAAAUGGCUUAACUCUGGACUUUCACACCAACACCUUAUACUGGUGUGAUGCCUAUUAUGAUCACAUUGAAAAAGUGUUUUUGAAUGGAACUCACAGGAAGGUUGUUUACAGUGGGAAAGAGUUGAACCAUCCCUUUGGAUUGUCACAUCAUGGAAAUUAUGUGUUCUGGACUGAUUAUAUGAAUGGUUCCAUUUUUCAACUAGAUUUGAUAACAAGUGAGGUGACAUUACUGAAGCAUGAAAGACCACCUCUGUUUGGUCUUCAGAUUUAUGAUCCACGAAAACAACAAGGUGACAAUAUGUGUCGCAUAAACAAUGGAGGCUGCAGUACACUGUGUUUGGCUAUUCCAGCAGGCCGAGUGUGUGCUUGUGCAGACAAUCAACUUUUGGAUGAAAAUGGGACAACUUGCACGUUUAAUCCUGGAGACAUAUUACCUAAUGUAUGUAAACCUGGUGAAUUUCACUGCAAAAACAGACACUGUAUCCAAGCUCGGUGGAAGUGUGACGGCGAUGAUGACUGCCUCGAUGGAAGUGAUGAGGACUCCAUCAGCUGCUUCAACCACAGCUGUCCUGAUGAUCAGUUCAAAUGCCAGAAUAAUCGCUGUAUUCCCAAAAGGUGGCUUUGUGAUGGAGCUAAUGAUUGUGGAAACAAUGAAGAUGAGGCCAAUCAAACUUGUGCAGCUAGAACUUGCCAGGCUGACCAGUUUUCCUGUGGCAAUGGGCGCUGCAUUCCAAGAGCAUGGAUGUGUGACAGGGAGGACGACUGUGGUGACCAGACAGAUGAAAUGGCAUCCUGUGAAUUCCCAACGUGUGAGCCUCUGAUGCAAUUUGUGUGCAAAAGUGGAAGGUGCAUCAGCAGCCAGUGGCGCUGUGACACUGAUGACGACUGCGGAGAUGGGAGUGAUGAGGUGGGCUGUGCUCACUCUUGCUUUGAUAGCCAGUUCAGAUGUUCCAGUGGCAGGUGCAUCCCAGGCCAUUGGGCCUGUGAUGGUGACAAUGACUGCGGAGACUUCAGUGAUGAAAUACAACUCAAUUGUAGCAAAAAAGAGAUUCAUUCUCCUCCUGGCUGUAAUGAGAAUGAGUUCCAGUGCCAUCCUGAUGGAAACUGUAUACCUGAGCUGUGGCGCUGUGAUGGGGAAAAGGACUGUGAAGACGGUAGUGAUGAAAAAGGCUGCAAUGGUACCAUACGGUUGUGUGAUCAUAAAACCAAGUUUUCCUGCCGGAGUACAGGGAGAUGCAUUAACAAAGCGUGGCUAUGUGACGGAGAUAUUGACUGUGAAGACCAAUCAGAUGAACAGGACUGUGACAGUUUCUCCUGUGGGCCACCCAAAUACCCUUGUGUUAAUGACACUUCAGUCUGCCUGCAGCCUGAGAAGCUUUGUAAUGGGAGAAGAGACUGCCUGGAUGGGUCGGAUGAAGGCGAUCUCUGUGAUGAAUGUUCACUAAACAAUGGAGGCUGUAGCAACCAUUGCUCUGUUGUUCCGGGAAGAGGGAUUGUCUGCUCUUGCCCUGAAGGAUUUCAGCUGAAGACAGACAAUAAAACAUGUGAAAUUGUGGACUACUGUGCCAGUCACCUGAGGUGCAGUCAGGUGUGUGAGCAGCACAAGCACACAGUCAAGUGCUCCUGUUAUGAAGGCUGGACGCUGGAUGGGGACGGGACAACUUGCACCAGCACUGAUCCUUUUGAAGCAUUCAUCAUCUUUUCAAUUCGUCAUGAGAUCCGAAGGAUUGAUCUUCAUAAAAGAGACUAUAGUCUACUUGUUCCUGGAUUGAGAAACACCAUAGCCCUUGAUUUUCACUUCAAUCAAAGUUUACUAUAUUGGACUGAUGUUGUAGAAGACAGAAUAUAUAGAGGAAAACUUUCUGAGAGUGGAGGUGUUAGUGCCAUAGAGGUGGUUGUGGAACAUGGCCUGGCGACUCCAGAAGGCCUGACUGUUGACUGGAUAGCAGGCCACAUAUAUUGGAUAGACAGCAACCUGGACCAAAUUGAGGUUGCCAAACUGGAUGGUUCACUGAGAACUACACUCAUAGCAGGAGCCAUGGAACACCCCAGGGCCAUUGCACUGGACCCGAGAUAUGGAAUUCUCUUCUGGACAGACUGGGAUGCCAAUUUCCCUCGCAUUGAGUCAGCUUCUAUGAGUGGUGCUGGGAGAAAAACCAUCUACAAAGACAUGAAAACUGGGGCAUGGCCUAAUGGUCUGACUGUGGACCACUUUGAAAAGAGGAUAGUUUGGACAGAUGCAAGGUCAGAUGCUAUCUAUUCAGCCCUCUAUGAUGGAACACACAUGAUAGAAAUUAUUAGAGGCCAUGAGUACCUGUCUCACCCUUUCGCUGUGUCUCUGUAUGGGAGUGAGGUAUACUGGACAGACUGGAGGACCAACACAUUGUCAAAGGCCAAUAAGUGGACAGGGCAGAAUGUCAGUGUGAUUCAGAAAACCAGUGCACAGCCUUUUGACCUUCAAAUCUACCAUCCCAGUCGACAGCCACAGGCUCCCAAUCCUUGUGCAGCCAAUCAAGGCAGAGGUCCCUGCUCUCACCUGUGUCUCAUUAGCCACAACAGGUCCGCUGCCUGUGCCUGUCCACACUUAAUGAAGCUUUCCUUGGACAAGAAGACCUGCUAUGAAAUGAAAAAGUUUCUUCUUUAUGCAAGACGUUCUGAAAUCCGAGGAGUGGAUAUUGACAAUCCAUAUGUGAACUUCAUCACAGCGUUUACCGUCCCUGAUAUUGAUGACGUCACUGUGAUCGACUUUGAUGCCUCUGAGGAGCGACUAUACUGGACAGACAUCAAGACACAAACCAUUAAACGGGCUUUUAUUAAUGGAACUGGGUUAGAAACUGUUAUUUCAAGAGAUAUUCAGAGUAUCAGAGGACUGGCAGUGGACUGGGUAUCACGUAAUUUAUACUGGAUUAGCUCAGAAUUUGAUGAAACGCAAAUUAAUGUGGCGCGACUAGAUGGCUCUUUGAAAACCUCAAUUAUCCAUGGGAUCGAUAAGCCACAAUGUCUUGCAGCUCACCCAGUCAGGGGGAAACUAUACUGGACAGAUGGAAAUACAAUUAACAUGGCAAACAUGGAUGGGAGUAAUAGCAAGAUUCUCUUUCAGAAUCAAAAGGAACCAGUUGGUCUAUCGAUAGACUAUGUGGAAAACAAGCUGUAUUGGAUCAGUUCAGGAAAUGGAACCAUAAAUAGAUGCAACCUGGAUGGUGGUAAUUUAGAAGUAAUAGAGUCAAUGAAGGAAGAAUUAACAAAAGCUACAGCCUUAACCAUUAUGGAUAAGAAACUCUGGUGGGCAGACCAAAACUUAGCUCAGCUGGGAACCUGUAGCAAAAGGGAUGGAAGAAACCCCACCAUCCUACGCAACAAGACGUCUGGGGUUGUUCACAUGAAGGUGUACGAUAAAGAUGCACAGCAAGGCAGCAAUUCUUGCCAGCUAAAUAAUGGUGGAUGCUCUCAGCUCUGUUUACCCACAUCAGACACUGCAAGGACUUGCAUGUGCACCGUGGGCUAUUACCUCCAGAAGAACCGCAUGUCAUGCAGAGGUAUAGAAUCUUUUCUUAUGUACUCUGUUCAUGAAGGAAUCCGAGGAAUACCUCUUGAACCAAGUGACAAAACAGAUGCUUUGAUGCCCAUAUCAGGAGCUUCAUUUGCUGUGGGGAUAGACUUCCAUGCAGAAAAUGAUACCAUCUAUUGGACAGACAUGGGCUUCAAUAAGAUCAGCCGUGCUAAGCGAGAUCAGACAUGGAAAGAAGAUAUCAUUACCAAUGGCUUGGGAAGAGUGGAAGGAAUAGCUGUUGACUGGAUUGCUGGUAACAUAUAUUGGACAGAUCAUGGCUUCAACUUAAUUGAAGUAGCAAGACUCAAUGGCUCUUUCCGCUAUGUAGUUAUUUCCCAAGGCCUGGAUCAGCCAAGAUCUAUUGCUGUACACCCAGAGAAAGGCUUUCUAUUCUGGACUGAAUGGGGACAGAUGCCAUGCAUUGGGAAGGCUCGCCUAGAUGGCUCUGAAAAGGUUGUCCUUGUAGGCAUGGGAAUAACAUGGCCCAAUGGCAUCUCCAUUGACUAUGAGGAAAAUAAAUUAUACUGGUGUGAUGCUCGCACAGACAAGAUAGAGAGGAUUGACCUUGAGACUGGAGGGAACCGCGAGGUGGUGCUGUCAGGGAGCACGGUGGAUCUGUUUUCUGUAGCAGUCUUUGGGGCUUACAUCUACUGGUCUGACAGAGCACAUGCCAAUGGGUCUGUCAGAAGGGGCCACAAGAAUGAUGCCACAGAAACAGUAACCAUGAGAACCGGUCUUGGAGUGAACCUAAAGGAGAUCAAAAUCUUUAACCGAGUAAGAGAGAAAGGAACCAAUGUUUGUGCCAAGGACAAUGGUGGCUGUAAGCAACUCUGUCUUUAUCGAGGAAAUUCCCAGAGAACAUGUGCUUGUGCCCAUGGAUAUUUGGCUGAAGAUGGAGUUACGUGCUUAAGGCAUGAAGGCUAUUUGCUGUAUUCAGGACGAACAGUAUUAAAAAGUAUACAUCUUUCUGAUGAAAACAAUUUAAAUUCCCCAAUAAAGCCCUAUGAAAACCCACUUUAUUUCAAGAAUAUCAUCGCUUUGGCUUUUGACUACAAUCAAAAAAGAAAAGGUACAAACCGCAUCUUUUACAGUGAUGCACACUUUGGAAAUAUACAGCUUAUUCAAGAUAACUGGGAAGGCAGACAAGUCAUUGUUGAAAAUGUGGGUUCCGUUGAAGGACUUGCCUAUCACAGAGCCUGGGAUACGCUUUAUUGGACCAGCUCCACAACAUCAUCCAUCACCAGGCACACCGUGGACCAGACCCACCCUGGAGCAUUUGACAGAGAAGCAGUGAUCACCAUGUCAGAAGAUGACCACCCUCAUGUGCUGGCCUUGGAUGAAUGUCAGAAUUUAAUGUUUUGGACGAACUGGAAUGAACAGCAUCCGAGCAUCAUGAGAUCCACGCUGACUGGAAAGCACGCCCAAGUGGUGGUCAGCACAGACAUACUCACUCCCAAUGGACUCACAAUUGACCACCGGGCAGAGAAGCUGUAUUUCUCAGAUGGAAGCCUAGGGAAAAUUGAAAGGUGUGAAUAUGAUGGAUCCCAAAGACAUGUUAUUGUCAAAUCUGGGCCAGGGACUUUCCUUAGUCUGGCUGUGUAUGAUGAUUAUAUCUUCUGGUCAGACUGGGGAAGAAGAGCAAUCCUGCGGUCCAACAAGUACACUGGGGGAGACACAAAAGUUCUUCGUUCUGAUAUUCCACAUCAACCAAUGGGAAUCAUAGCUGUUGCCAAUGACACCAAUAGUUGUGAGCUCUCUCCAUGUGCUUUAUUGAAUGGUGGUUGUCAUGACCUCUGUCUUUUAACUCCUGAUGGAAGAAUAAAUUGUUCCUGCAGAGGGGACCGAAUAUUGGUAGAUGACAACAGAUGUGUGACUAAAAACUUCUCUUGCAACAUUUAUUCUGAAUUUGAGUGUGGAAAUGGUGAGUGCAUUGACUAUCUGCUCACCUGUGACGGCAUUCCUCAUUGUAAGGAUAAAUCAGAUGAAAAAUUACUCUACUGUGAAAACAGAAGCUGCCGGAGAGGUUUUAAACCUUGUCAUAACCGUCGUUGCAUUCCUUAUGGCAAGUUAUGUGAUGGUGAAAAUGACUGUGGAGACAACUCUGAUGAAGCUGACUGUAAAGUUUCAACCUGUGCCACAGUCGAGUUCCGCUGUGCAGAUGGGACUUGCAUUCCAAGGUCAGCACGAUGCAACCAGAACAUAGAUUGUGCAGAUGCUUCGGAUGAAAAGAACUGCAAUAAUACAGACUGCACAUAUUUUUACAAACUUGGAGUGAAAACCACAGGGUUCAUACGAUGUAAUUCUACCUCCUUGUGUGUUCUGCCAACCUGGAUAUGUGAUGGAUCUAACGACUGUGGGGACUAUUCAGAUGAACUAAAGUGCCCAGUUCAAGAAAAACAUAAAUGUGAGGAGAACUACUUUGGUUGUCCUAGUGGAAGAUGUAUUUUGAAUACCUGGGUAUGUGAUGGUCAGAAAGAUUGUGAGGAUGGACUUGAUGAAUUCCACUGUGAUUCUUCUUGCUCUUGGAACCAAUUUGCUUGUUCUGCACAAAAAUGUAUUUCUAAACACUGGAUUUGUGAUGGAGAAGAUGAUUGUGGGGAUGGGCUAGAUGAAAGUGAUGACAUUUGUGGGGCUAUCACCUGUGCUGCUGACAUGUUCAGCUGCCAGGGCUCCCGUGCCUGUGUGCCCCGGCACUGGCUUUGUGAUGGUGAGAGAGACUGUCCCAAUGGAAGUGAUGAACUCUCCACAGCAGGCUGUGCUCCCAAUAAUACAUGUGAUGAAAAUACCUUCAUGUGCCAUAAUAAAAUGUGCAUCCCCAAGCAAUUUGUUUGUGACCAUGACGAUGACUGUGGAGAUGGUUCAGAUGAGUCCUUGCAGUGCGGAUACCGGCAGUGUAGUGCAGAAGAGUUCCGCUGUGCUGAUGGGCGAUGCCUCUUAAACACGCAAUGGCAGUGCGAUGGAGACUCUGACUGUCCGGAUGGUUCUGAUGAAGCACCGCUAAACUCAAAGUGCAAAAGUGCAGAACAGUCAUGCAACAGUUCAUUUUUUAUGUGCAAAAAUGGCAGGUGCAUUCCCAGUGGAGGCCUUUGCAACAACACUGAUGACUGUGGUGAUGGCUCAGAUGAAAGAAACUGCCAUAUAAAUGAGUGUUUGAGUAAGAGAGUUAGUGGGUGUUCUCAAGACUGUCAGGACCUGCCAGUUGGUUACAAGUGCAAAUGUUGGCCUGGAUUCCAACUGAAAGAUGAUGGUAAAACCUGUGUAGACAUUGAUGAAUGUUCGUCGGGCUUUCCUUGCAGUCAGCAAUGCAUCAAUACUUACGGUACCUACAGGUGCCUCUGUGAAGAUGGGUAUCAAGUACAUCCUGAUAAUCCAAAUGGCUGCAAGUCACUCUCAGAUGAAGAACCCUUUCUAAUUCUUGCUGAUCAUCAUGAGAUAAGGAAAAUUAGCACAGAUGGCUCUAACUACACACUGUUAAAGCAGGGAUUAAACAAUGUCAUUGCUAUCGACUUUGAUUAUAAAGAAGAAUUUAUUUAUUGGAUUGAUUCAAGUAGACCCAAUGGAAGUCGCAUAAAUAGAAUGUGUCUAAAUGGAAGUGACAUCAAGGUAGUGCAUAACACUGCUGUUCCCAAUGCACUUGCUGUUGAUUGGAUUGGAAAAAACCUCUACUGGUCUGACACAGAAAAAAGGGUGAUCGAAGUAUCCAAACUCAAUGGCUUGUACCCUACUAUUCUUGUUAGUAAAAGGCUGAAGUUUCCCAGGGACCUGUCUUUAGAUCCUCGUGCUGGGUAUUUGUAUUGGAUUGACUGCUGUGAAUAUCCUCACAUUGGCCGUGCUGGAAUGGAUGGAACCAAUCAGAGUGUUGUUAUAGAAACCAAGAUUUGGAGGCCAAUGGCUCUAACAAUAGAUUAUGUGAACCAUAGACUCUACUGGGCUGAUGAAAAUCACAUUGAAUUUAGCAACAUGGAUGGAUCUCACAGAUACAGAGUCCCUAAUCAAGAUAUUCCAGGGGUGAUUGCACUAACAUUGUUUGAAGACUACAUCUACUGGACUGAUGGGAAAACCAAGUCACUCAGCCGUGCCCAUAAAACCUCGGGAGCAGACAGACUCUCACUGAUUAACUCGUGGCAUGCCAUCACAGAUAUCCAGGUGUAUCAUUCUUAUAGACAACCCGAUGCCUCUAAACAUCUCUGCAUGAUAAAUAAUGGUGGUUGCAGCCAUUUGUGCCUUUUAGCCCCAGGAAAGACUCAUACCUGUGCUUGUCCCACCAACUUCUACCUUGCAUCUGACAAUAGGACUUGUUUAUCUAACUGCACAGCCAGUCAGUUCCGAUGCAAAACUGACAAAUGCAUCCCAUUCUGGUGGAAAUGUGACACGGUGGAUGACUGUGGUGAUGGGUCUGAUGAACCUGAUGACUGCCCUGAAUUUAAAUGUCAGCCAGGCCGAUUUCAGUGUGGAACUGGACUCUGUGCUCUCCCUGCCUUCAUCUGUGAUGGGGAGAAUGACUGUGGAGACAAUUCUGAUGAACUCAACUGUGAUACACAUGUCUGUCUGUCAGGCCAGUUCAAGUGUACCAAGAACCAGAAAUGUAUACCAGUAAAUCUCAGAUGCAAUGGGCAAGAUGACUGUGGAGAUGAGGAAGAUGAAAGAGACUGUCCUGAGAACAGCUGUUCUCCAGACUAUUUCCAGUGUAAAACUACAAAGCACUGCAUCUCCAAGCUGUGGGUGUGUGAUGAGGACCCAGACUGUGCAGAUGCCUCGGAUGAGGCCAACUGCGAUAAAAAGACUUGUGGACCUCAUGAAUUCCAGUGCAAAAACAACAACUGUAUUCCUGACCAUUGGCGGUGUGAUAGCCAGAACGACUGCAGUGAUAAUUCUGAUGAAGAAAACUGUAAGCCACAGACCUGUACGUUGAAAGACUUUCUCUGUGCAAAUGGAGACUGUGUAUCUUCACGAUUCUGGUGUGAUGGAGACUUUGAUUGUGCUGAUGGCUCUGAUGAGAGAAAUUGUGAAACAAGUUGUUCCAAGGAUCAAUUCCAGUGUUCCAAUGGUCAGUGCAUAUCAGCAAAAUGGAAAUGUGAUGGUCACGAAGACUGUAAGCAUGGGGAGGAUGAGAAAAAUUGUGAGCCAGCAUCCCCUGCAUGUUCCUCAAGUGAGUACACGUGUGCCAGUGGAGGAUGUCUAUCAGCAUCUCUGAAAUGCAAUGGCGAAUAUAACUGUGCUGAUGGUUCAGAUGAGAUGGACUGUGUGACGAAAUGUAAGGAAGAUCAAUUUCGAUGCAAAAAUAAAGCCCACUGCAUUCCAAUCCGAUGGCUAUGUGAUGGAAUUCGUGACUGUGUGGACGGCAGUGAUGAAGAGAACUGUGAGAGAGGAGGAAAUAUAUGUAGAGCUGACGAGUUCCUUUGUAAUAACUCCCUUUGCAAACUGCAUUUCUGGGUAUGUGAUGGAGAAGAUGACUGUGGAGACAACUCUGAUGAAGCCCCUGACAUGUGUGUCAAAUUUCUUUGCCCACCAACAAGACCUCACAGAUGCCGAAAUAAUCGAAUAUGUCUGCAGUCUGAGAAAAUGUGCAAUGGGAUUGAUGACUGUGGUGACAACUCAGAUGAAGAUCACUGCCAUGGUAAACUGACACAUAAAACAAAGCCUUGUAAAAAUGACGAGUUUGCCUGCAGUAACAGAAAGUGCAUCCCCAUGAGCCUGCAGUGUGACCAGCACGAUGACUGUGGAGAUGGUUCAGAUGAGAGAGGCUGCAGAAUGACUACUCCUGAAUAUACCUGUGCAGAUAAUGUGAACCCAUGUGGAGAAGAUGCAUACUGUAAUCAAAUAAAAACAUCUGUUUUCUGUCGCUGUAAGCCUGGAUUUCAGAGAAACAUGAAAAACAGACAGUGCGAAGACUUUAAUGAAUGUUUGGUGUUUGGCACAUGUUCUCACCAAUGCAUAAACAUAGAAGGAUCAUAUAAAUGUGUCUGUGAACACAAUUUUCAAGAAAGAAAUAAUAGCUGUAUAGCAAAAGGCUCUGAAGAUCAAGUACUCUACAUUGCUAAUGACACUGAUAUCCUGGGUUUUAUAUAUCCAUUCAACUACAGUGGCGAUCAUCAACAAAUUUCUCAUAUUGAACAUAAUUCAAGGAUAACAGGGAUGGAUGUAUAUUAUCAAAAAGAUAUGAUUAUUUGGAGUACUCAGUUUAAUCCAGGCGGAAUUUUCUACAAGUUGAUCCAUGGCAGAGAAAAAAGGCAAGCAAACAGUGGCUUCAUUUGUCCAGAAUUUAAAAGGCCUAGGGACAUUGCAGUGGACUGGGUAGUAGGAAACAUUUAUUGGACUGAUCAUUCUAGAAUGCACUGGUUCAGUUACUACACCACUCACUGGACUAGUCUGAGGUACUCCAUCAAUGUAGGGCAGCUGAAUGGCCCUAACUGCACAAGACUCUUGACAAAUAUGGCUGGAGAGCCCUAUGCUAUUGCUGUAAAUCCUAAAAGAGGGAUGAUGUACUGGACUGUCAUUGGAGAUCACUCCCACAUAGAGGAAGCUGCAAUGGAUGGCACUUUGAGACGGAUCUUAGUACAAAAGAACUUACAGAGACCUACAGGACUGGCUGUUGAUCAUUUUAGUGAACGCAUAUACUGGGCUGACUUUGAGCUCUCUGUCAUUGGCAGUGUUCUGUAUGAUGGCUCUGGGUCAGUGGUCCUGGUCAGCAGCAAACAAGGGUUGCUACAUCCACAUAGGAUUGAUGUUUUUGAAGAUUACAUAUAUGGAGCAGGACCCAAAAGUGGUGUAUUUAGAGUUCAAAAAUUUGGUCAUGGAUCAGUAGAGUUCCUGGCUUUAGAUGUUGAUAAAACAAAAGGUGUUUUGAUAUCUCACCGCUAUAAACAACUGGAUUUACCAAAUCCUUGUGUGGGUUUAGCGUGUGACUUCCUCUGCUUGCUGAACCCUUCUGGGGCCACCUGUGUCUGUCCAGAAGGAAAGUAUUUAAUGAAUGGAACCUGCAGUGAUGACAGCCUGCCAGAUGAUUCCUGCAAAUUGACUUGUGAAAAUGGAGGGAGGUGCAUUGCCAAUGAGAAAGGUGAUUUGAGGUGUCUCUGUUGGCCCAGCUAUUCAGGAGGAAGAUGUGAAGUCAACCACUGUAGUAACUACUGUCAAAAUGGAGGGACCUGCAUACCAUCAAUUCUAGGAAGGCCCACCUGUAUCUGUGCUCUGGGUUAUACUGGACCUAACUGUGGUAAGACGGUCUGUGAGAAUUUUUGUCAAAAUGGAGGGACCUGUUCUGUGACCUCUGGGAACCAGCCUUCCUGCCACUGCCAGAUGGACCACACUGGAGACAAGUGUCAGCACUAUGUGUGCCACCACUAUUGUGUGAAUUCUGAAUCAUGCACCAUUGGGAAUGAUGGAAGUGUUGAAUGUGUCUGUCCAACACGCUAUGAAGGAACAAAAUGUGAGAUUGACAAAUGUGUACGGUGCCAUGGGGGACACUGCAUUAUAAGUAAAGACAAUGAAGAUAUAAUUUGCAACUGCACUAAUGGAAAGAUGGCUUCUAGCUGUCAGUUAUGUGAUGGCUACUGUUACAAUGGUGGCACAUGCCAGCUGGACCCUGAGACAAAUGUUCCUGUGUGUCUAUGUUCCACAAACUGGUCAGGCACACAGUGUGAGAGACCAGCCCCAAAGAGCAGCAAGUCUGACCAUAUCAGCACAAGGAGUAUUGCCAUUAUUGUACCUCUGGUCCUCCUGGUGACCUUGGUAACCACAUUGGUGAUUGGUUUAGUGCUUUGUAGGAGAAAAAGAAGGACAAAAACGAUCAGAAGACAACCCAUUAUCAAUGGAGGAAUAAAUGUAGAAAUUGGCAAUCCAUCUUAUAACAUGUAUGAGGUGGAUCAUGACCACAGUGAUGGAGGCCUUUUAGAACCUAGUUUUAUGAUAGAUCCAACAAAGGCCAGGUAUAUAGGGGGAGGGCCCAGUGCUUUCAAGCUUCCACACACGCCGCCCAUCUACCUAAAUUCUGACUUGAAAGGACCACUAACUUCUGGGCAAACAAAUUACUCCAACCCGGUGUAUGCAAAAUUGUAUAUGGAUGGACAGAACUGUCGAAACUCCUUAGGAAGUGCUGACGAAAGGAAAGAACUUCUUCCAAAGAAAAUAGAACUUGGUAUACGAGAAACAGUUGCAUAAUUGGUGAUACUUUUAUAUGCUGUAUAGAUGUAUAAAUAUAAGGGUUACUUUUGUAUGUCCCAACAAUAUUAUACUUGUUUUGGCAUCAGCAUUAUCUCUUUAUCUUUUUCCUAGUUAUUUUCUGAGUUUGGGCGUUUUAUUUUUGCUGAUGUCUGUUGAUUAACCAUUUUUAUGGUAUUUUUAUGAAAAAGAACUGCACUACAGUACAAUUUACAACAAUGCUGCUGAAACACACCUUUGAAUUUGUUAAAAUUAAAAACAACAUAUUCCUUUGUAAUGUUAAUAUGAAUAAUCUAUUCUAUUUUAUAUGAAUUUUGGGGUUCUACUUGACCAACAAAGAAAUCUGUGCACUAUUGGAUUCAAUCAUCAGAAAGCUAUAAGACACCAUUUUAUUUUCUGUUUAAAUUGCUGGGAGAAUGAUUGAAAGGACAACUCUCUUCCUUGUAUUAAUGAGUAAAGAUUCAUACAUGGCCAAGUGUACAUAGCAUGACAAGUUCAGCAUCUCGUGUUCAGAAAUUAGCCUUAGAUUGACAAGCCAUGGGUGAAAAAUUUGAAGAGUACCUUUUAAAAAAUAUAAAUUAAUAAUUUGCAUGAACAAGACUACAUUUUCCAAAUUUAGUAUAAUCUGUGACACAUACAUAUAUAAUUAUAUAUAUAUAUAUAUAUAUAAAUGUAGUUAUAUUUAGAUGAUAAAAUGUAGCAAAACAUAUUCAGAAGUAGACAUACCCCACUUGCUGUGGUGUACGGUCUUGUCUCUUCUUCCAUACUUCAGAGGUGUACAGUAGCCUAGGGCAGAGCAACAUACCAGACAUGGGGGUUGCCGAAGAUUCAUGCAAACCCUGUCUAUGCUGAACACUAGCAAACAAAAUCGCCACACUGAGGGAUGCCAGAAUUGUACCUAUUUGAAUACACUCUCUUUGCUAUGUCAACAAAAAACAGAAAGAAUAACCAUGCUGACAUAGAGUAAUUGCUAAUUUUUUUCAGUAUGACUAAUUCUUUAUUUCUCCAACCUAAAAUGAAACCCCCAAGGACCUUAAAAACUACAGUAGAGUAUGAAUGUGCCCAUAAUCAAAGGUGGAGAGUAAAUGUUGUACCACUUGCACUGGUUCUCUGGCUUUUAUUUUGAUUUUGUGGGGUUUGUGUUUUU